CACAUCUACACACGACGCAUAUUUUUCUACUUUUCUACAUAUGGGUAUCUUCAAAUCCAAGUCAACAAACAAGGGCAGCCCGUUAGAGGUGGAUUCUAAGUUGAACAUUCACACAGCCAAUGUCCACGAUCCGAUCCUUUCAGCGGUCCAAGAGGCGGAACCCUUCGCUCAGGCUAUUGAGACAUCGAAUAACCGCAGAGUCUCCUACACACAGAUGCACGGAAAUGGACAGAUGGCUGAUAUUUUUGGUGGCCCAAUCCAACAGCCGGACAUGUCCAACCCCACCAGAUCACGUAACGAGCGCCCUAUGGACACUAUCAGAAGCUUUGAGUACUCCAUCACAGGUGAUAUGAGCAUCCGUGAUCAGUUGGAAACCCCACGCUUGGGCUGGGGCUUCCAUGACGACUACCCACAGUUUGGGACUAACCCAUACGGACACAGUAACGGCUACAACGAAACCCACGAGCAGACUGGGCUCAAUAACUAUACAACUGAACAGGCAGUGUACAGUGCGCCUGUGGUCACCGGCACAGAGGAGAAGAAGAAGAAGAAGAGAGGGUUAUUUGGUAGAAAGAAGUGAUUAAGGGCGAUGUUCUUGCGUUAUGUUUUGUUUUAAUCUAGUUUAUUAGUCGUGGGUGUACGCGAUCGCGUUGAUUUUAUGAAUGUUUGCAUUAACUCGACUGUAUGUGCCUUGCACGGUUCGCAGCUUUUUAUAUGGACACUAUCAGUGGCCUUAAGGAGCUGUGUUAUUUGUACCAAAACGUUUACACUUCAAUAACUUUUAAACGGCUGUCGAGGAGGAGCUAGCGGACCGAUACAUCUUGUUAAUGCAAGGUUCCCCACAUGCAUUUGCAAGUUCAGCGCUAGCGCGACUCAGGCCUAUUGAAGCCGCUUGUACAGCACGGAAUUUGGUAGCGUCUAAAACAUCCCCAAUAAAUGGUAACAUUCCUAGUCUUCAUAACGAUAUGUCGAG